UGUAAAUUGUAAAUACAAAACAAAUGGCGACAUAAACGUCAUUUUCCUGAAUAAGAAAUUAUACUUUUUUACACUUUCAGGACGGAUUAUCUUUACUCUGGUGUGGCCAAUAGUUUCUCUGGCCUCAUGAACCUCGCAACUAAAACCGGGGACGAACAGUCUGACCUCCUGUUUGUGAAUUUCAAUCAAGAUUGCACGUCGCUAGCAGUUGGAACAAGGACCGGAUACAAAUUAUUUUCUUUGAGUUCGGUCGACAAGUUAGAACAAAUUUACGACAAUGAAAGUGAAGACAUCUGUAUAGUGGAAAGACUUUUCUCCAGUAGUUUAGUUGCAAUAGUUAGUUUAUCUUCUCCAAGAAAGUUAAAAGUCUGUCAUUUCAAGAAGGGGACUGAAAUUUGUAACUACAGUUACUCCAAUUCUAUUUUAGCUGUGCGUCUGAACAGACAGAGGCUGAUAGUAUGUUUAGAAGAGAGUUUAUACAUCCACAAUAUACGGGACAUGAAGGUCCUGCACACAAUCCGUGACACGCCCCCUAACCCUCACGGAUUGUGUGCUCUGUCCAUUAACAAUGACAACUGUUUCCUGGCCUAUCCAGGAAGUAACCAGAUUGGGGAGGUGCAAAUAUUCGACACAAUCAAUUUGAGGGCAGUAACCAUGAUACCUGCCCAUGAUAAUCCCCUCGCCUCACUCGCUUUCAAUGCUCAAGGAACAAAAUUAGCUACUGCUUCUGAAAAGGGUACAGUUAUAAGGGUGUUCUCAAUUCCUGAUGGACAGAAGCUGUUUGAGUUCAGAAGGGGGGUAAAGAGGUGUGUGAGCAUAUAUUCCAUGGCCUUUAGUGCAGAUUCCCUAUUUCUGUCGGCAUCCAGCAACACAGAGACUGUACACAUAUUUAAAUUGGAGGCCCCCAAAGACAGGCCCACUGAGCAGGAACCCCAGGGCUGGAUGGGCUAUUUCGGUCAGGCCCUGAAGUCCUCUGCGACCUACUUACCUAGUCAGAUGACCGAAAUGUUCAACCAGGGCAGAGCUUUUGCCACAGCCCGCUUACCCAACUCAGGACUGCACAAUGUUUGUGCUCUGGCCACGAUUCAGAAGGUCCCAAGACAGCUGGUUGUAUCCCAAGAUGGUUAUCUAUACAUUUAUAAUCUGGAUCCUAAUGAAGGUGGAGAGUGCAUGCUUCUACGACAACACAGGCUUGAUGGCAGAGCAGGAGAUAGUCCUGUGCCAGAUGUCUCCUCACCUGACCGACCUUUAACCCAUCCCUCAACCGGAACCAGUUAUGCUUCAUCUGUCAAGAAGCCUGAGUCUUCAGUAGUACCAGCAGAAUCGCAACCAUACCAAGAACUGGAGCAUGGAACCUCGGGGCAGGAGAGGGAGGGGCCAGGCCUGGGACAUCUACGACUAGAUGAUGAUAACGAGUUUCCGCCAAUGACGCAUAAGAGUGAUUAAAGACAGACCUGUAAAUCAUUCAAUACAGCAAAAAUACGGAUUGAAAUGUAAUGGAAGUACAUGUUUUCCAUCUUGUAAACAAGUUUGCUGUGUCAGUGUGACACUAGGGCUAAGAACAAAGCUACAAUACACAAGUAUUUAUAUUUGUGUGGGGGAGGGGGGUUCUAUUGUCACUCUUGGUUAUUUACAGUUGUGCAAUGUCCAACAAAGUGCAGUAAAUUUGGAUGGUAAAAAUAUGGUUGAGGGUGCAUUUUUGUACCAAAUGCAGUGAUUUGAAAUUUGUAAUGAAUAUAAACAACAUAAUAAUUAGAAAUAAUCUAUGUAUGUUGUAAGUAAAUUUAUAUGAAGAUAUUUAUUUGAAAGACUACAAAGCACUACAGUUUUUUUUUUUUUUUGUUCAAAAAGAUAUGAAUGUUGAUGAAAUUAAGAAUAGAUCAAGCCUAAAGCAGUCUGUCAAAUAUAAAUUUCUUGUUUUAUAAUGCAUUACUAAUAAUAAUGUUUACUAAAUGCAUUAUUGUCAAAUAACAGAAAAAAAUACCUAAAAUACAUUUAUUAAUGUAUUUUUAUGCCAGUUAAACCAAUGAUCAUACUUCUCUAAUUUAAAAGCUAAAAACUAGACAAAAAUUCUAAGGGUUCUGGUCAUCAUAUAAUAUACCUAGGGGUUGGGUAAUACCUUUUCAUUUAAAUCCACUCCAUGUAAGCAUGUGGUACAAAGGGGAUAAAGGACAUGAAAAACUGCAUUAGAAUUCCUGUUAAUAUAGUCAUACAUAAUCAGUAGAACUUGAAAUAAUUCCUUUUAAGUCUACUGAAUAGUUACAUUUAUAAGAAAAUGAAAUAGUCUGGUUCUCACCUUACCACUGUAUUUUCACGUUGUUUUGGGGACCUCAACACCAAGUGAAAACGCAGUGGCAGGCAGAGAAACAGAUUAGAAAUCUGAAAGGAAGAAUCACUAAACAUAUACUUAAAAAAAGUUAUAAAAAACAUUUUCCAUCCUAAUCACUGUAGAUGUAUACAUGUAAAACAUGUAUGAUGUAACAUUGUUGUUUUGUAGCCUGAUGUGAUCUUUCUUGUAAAGAUUUGGAAAUUUUUUUAUGCUUACACAAAGAAAAGUUUUCAAAUAUGCAUGUUUAUGCACAUGAUGUGUAAAAGAUUUUUGAAGUUUAUGUGUACUAAAUUUCUUCUUUCCCUGUGCAUUUACAAUUUUAAUUGUGCUAAACAAGAGAGAGGAAUUUACUUCUUGGGCAUCCUUUGUGAUUAAUUUUCUGUCUUCCAACUUUGUUUUCUGUACAAUGUAAAGUAUGUAAAUCCAACCUCUUUUUUAGUUACAUAAAUAUAAAAGUAAUUGAAAUAUUUAUUUCAUUGAUUGUGUGAAUGGAAAUAUUGCUAAGAAUGUGUGAUAAUGAAAGAUUGGAUAGGAAUUUUUCUUUGUUUUUUUUUUUAAAUAGGCAUACAUUAUAAGGUCAUAUGUUAUUUGUUAAUGUUGUCUAUGAUGAAUUCAUCUCAGAAUUGAAUUGUGGAGAUCCAAAGGAAUAAAUUAGACAUUGUUGAACUAUGUCCAUUGGUGGAAAUAUGUAUUAACAUACUUCUCCAUUGGUAUUUUGAUUUCUUUUCUUGGAGCUGAUUUUUAUUUCAUUAUCAUAUCCACUCCAUCAUUAAAGAGAGAGCAGAUGUU